CCCUUUUCACCUUUCUAUUUUUGUUGCUGCCCUCGCCUUGUUCUUGUUCGUCCCUUUUUGGAACUCUUUUGUACUGUCUUCAAAACUUAUGGCCUAAAAAUUCCGUGGGUUUUUCUUUUUAGUCUUCUGUUAGCUGGUUCGGUUGCUAGUGGGCGCUUGAUGAUCCACCAUUUUUGUGUUUUCUUCCGAUCUAACUACUGUUUCAUAACGGAAUCCAUGGUGGUUACUUCUUUUUGUUCGUAGGAUUAUUCAUUUUUCCUUUUCCGGGUUGGCUCAUUAAUAGGCGGAGCUCGUUUUUACAGUAUAAAAGUGGCGUAUAUAAGAAUUUGGGUUUUGACUUAAACCUGUUUUGAUCAAUUUUAAGGUGUAUCCACGAGAAGAAAUCAGCUGAGGAUUGAACCGGUCGUCGGAAUUUUACCGUAGAGAGAUCCAGAGUUCACUGCCGCUAUUUUGCCUUUAGAGAAGAUGUUGUGCGCUUGUUCAGGCGAGCAAUUCAAGUUCGAAGAUGCACCACAGUCGCCGGAGUCGCUGGCCACCCGGGAUUUCUCGGCCAGCGGUCUUUCCUCGAGGACCUGCGACUGGGACUCAAAGCUUGAGGAUGUUCAAGUCGACGAAGCAGAAUCAACGUUGAAAGAAGCUCUGUCCUUAAACUAUGAGGAAGCGAGGGCUUUGUUGGGGAGGCUUGAGUACCAGAGAGGAAAUUUUGAUGCUGCACUUCAGGUAUUUCAGGGCAUUGAUGUUAGAGGUUUAACCUCAAGGAUGACAAAAGCUAUUGUAGAGAGGACUCGGCCGCCUCGAAAACCGCGAUUGAAAGGAGAUACUGUGCCUCCAAGUGUAAUGUCAAUACAUUCUGUGAGCUUACUUCUUGAAGCUAUCUUGCUUAAAGCAAAAUCAAUGGAGGAACUUGGACAUUAUAGAGAGGCUGCAAAAGAAUGCAAAAUAAUCCUGGACAUAGUUGAAUCAGCUCUACCCAAUGGAAUGCCCGAGGGCAUUGGUGAGAAUUGCAAACUACAGGAGAUGUUUCACAAAGGACUGGAGUUGCUCCCCUAUUUAUGGAUGCGGGCAGGUUAUCUUGAUGAAGCUAUUGCUGCAUAUCGCCGGGCUUUGGUCAAGCCAUGGAAUCUGGACCCUGAGAGGUUGGCAAGUGUUCAGAGAGACUUAGCUUCUGCUUUACUCUAUGGGGGUGUUGAAGCAAGUCUUCCUCCUCAUUUGCAAGUACUGGGUCCUACAAUUUUGAAAGAUAGUACAGAGGAAGCAAUACUUUUGUUGUUGAUACUCAUGAAAAAGGUGGCAUUUGGGGAGAUAAAAUGGGAUGCAGAAAUCAUGGAUCAUUUGACUUACGCGCUCUCUAUCACUGGCCGGUUUGAGUUACUGGCGGAUCACGUGGAGCAGGCCAUGCCAGGAAUUUAUACCCGAGCUGAAAGGUGGAACUUUCUUGCUAUUUGUUACGGUGCUGCUGGUCAGAAUGAAGUAGCAUUGAACCUAUUAAAGAAGGCUUCUGGUUGUUCUGAAGCAAAAAACAAACCUCAUGUCCCUGCAUUACUGCUAGGUGCGAAGUUAUCUUCCCAAGACCCGAAGCAUUCUCGUGAUGGAAUAAAUUUUGCUCGUAAGGUGAUUGAUUUGGCUCAUAACCAGAAUAAGCAUUUUAUGGGUCAAGCGCAUAAAUUCCUUGGCCUUUGCUAUGGAAAUGCGGCAAGGAAUUCCAUAUCAGAUUCUGAAAGAGCUAUCUUUCAAAAAGAAUCGUUGCUAUCUCUAAACCGUGCUGCUUCAAUUGGGAAGGAUGACCCGGAAGUUAUAUUUAACCUCAGUUUGGAAAACGCAGUUCAGAGAAAUCUGGACGUGGCUUUGAAUAGCACAAUGCGGUACUCUGAAAUGGUGGCUGGAUAUUCAGGAAGAGGAUGGAAGCUGUUAGCACUUAUACUUUCAGCUGACCAACGAUUCAAGGAUGCUGAAACAAUUGUUGAGUUUGCAUUGGAUGAAGCUGGGAGAAGAGAUAAAUUUGAACUUCUUAGAUUAAAAGCUGUACUCCAGAUCGCUCAGGAGCAGCCCAAACAAGCAAUUGAAACAUACAGAAUCUUGUUAGCUCUUAUUCAAUCACAAAAAGAGCUUCCAGAUAAGGACUCGGUUGAAGCGAAGACCUUUGGUUCUGAGAUUUUGUUUGAUAAGAGUUUGGAAACAGAAGCUUGGCAGGAUUUGGCUAGUGUUUAUGCUAAACUCGGUUCAUUUCCUGAUGCGGAGCUAUGUCUGAAUAAAGCCAAGUCACUUGAAUUUUCCCCGAGAGGUUGGCAUGCAGCUGGUAUUCUAUUUGAGGCUCAAUCAUUACACAAAGAGGCUCUGGUUUCCUUCUCUAUCUCAUUGUCCAUACAACCUGAGUAUGUACCUAGUAUUGUUUCAACUGCUGAGGUAUUGAUUAAGCUUGGUGGUCAGUCACUCCCGAUUGCACGGAGCUUUCUAAUGAAUGCCUUGCACUUGGAGCCAACAAACCACGAUGCAUGGAUGAGUCUUGGAUUGAUUGCAAAAAUGGAAGGCAUAUUGGAUCAGGCAUCAGACUUUUUUCAGGCUGCACAUGAGCUCAAGCUAUCAGCUCCAGUGCAAAGCUUCUUGUGAUGAGUUUUACAAUUAGGUAAAAGCAGGCAACAUUUAUCAUCUUUAAUGCAAUUAGUAAUUGCUUAUUUCCAUUUGAUCUGUGUACAUAAACACCAGACUGUAGCCUUGAAUUCCUCUUGUCAAUAUGAAAAUGGAGUUUCAGGCUGCAGGCUUAAUUGAUUCAAAUGGAGAUUUUGUUUUAUCCUUGGAAA